GCUAUACACACACACACAUUCCACUAAGUUAAACAUGGAGAAAGCAAGCACUAAAUCUGCUUUGAAGUUUGUGAAGAACACUUCUCAGUCUGCAGCUCAAUGGAGCACUACUAAUUCUAGAGGAAUGACAAAAGAUGUACUCAAAGACAAGUUCUAUGACAAGACUAAAGCUUCACGAAGGUCUCCACCCAAAGAAAGUAACAUGGCUUCACGAAGGUCUCCACCCAAAGAGAGUAACAUGACUCCACCAAGGUCUCCACCCAAAGAAAAUACUAAGCCACAAGAAUUCAAACUUCACACCCAAGAAAGAGCUGUCAAACGUGCAAUGUUCAAUUAUGCUGUGACAACAAAAUUCUAUAUCAUGGAGCUGCAAAAGAAACAAGAGGAGAGGCUGCAAAAGCUGAUUGAAGAGGAAGAGGUUCGUUUGCUAAGGAAGGAAAUGAUUCCAAGAGCUCAAUUGAUGCCUUAUUUUGAUAAGCCAUUCUCCCCACAAAGAUCAAGCAGGAGUGUUCCAAGAGAAUCAUGCCUCCACAUGAUGAGCAGCAAGUGCUGGAGCUGCUCAGUUGGCAAUGAAAUCUACAACUUGCACCACUAUGGUCAUCAAGCUCUCAAGCCCAUUAAGUAGAAGCUUUGUGGGAAGGAGCAUGUAAAAUGUAUUCCUACUUGUAUCUUCAUGCAUGUUGUACACUAUCCAUAGAGAAACUUAGAGUUUUGUACCAUACCAUGCCACUACCUAGAUCUCCUCAAUUAGGGGACGGGGAGAUGUUUUCAUGUUUUCUUUGUCACAAAAUAAAGAUCAAUCAUGUAAUUUUGUUGUGUCUUUUGAUCUUGGUUGGGUAUUCCCAUUCCAAAUUUCCAAUGCCUUGUAUUGUACCAUUUUCCCAUACCAAUGCCUUGUUCCAUUUUUUCAUACCAAUUCCUUGUACCAUUUGGAAAACAACCGAAUAGAAUUGUCACUUUGCAUGUGAAACACUCCUAUGCAUUG